CGACUAGCGGUGCCUGCGAGCGCAGAGCUGUGCGGUUGCAAGCGGGAGCGGCUGCCCUUCCCAAGUCCUAUCAGAAUCAUCUCAAAAACUAAAAAAUUAGAAAAGAAAGGAAGAGAAAAAAAAUUGAAUCGACGGGUCUCCGAUACAUCAAUCGGAAUCCCGUCUUCUGUCGUUGUUGCCUCUUGAUCGGUUAGGGCUCGUGUAGGAUCCGGGGAAGAAACGGUAUUGUGGUCGUCUGUAUUGGAAGGGCGAGAUGGCGCAAAUGCAGAUUCAGCCCCAUGUGAUCUCCAGCGCGGCUGCGGCGGCUGCAACGGGCGGCGGCGCGGUCCAGUUCCCCUUGACGUCGUUGUACGUCGGUGACUUGGACCUCGGCGUCACUGACGCGCAUCUGUACGAUGUUUUUAGCCAGAUCGGGCCGGUUGUAUCCGUCCGCGUGUGUCGCGACAUCAACUCCCGCCGCUCACUUGGUUACGCCUAUGUGAACUUCAGCGAUCCUGCUGACGCGGCAAGGGCAAUCGAAGUUCUUAACUUUUCACUUCUCAAUGGAAAGGCUAUUCGCAUUAUGUAUUCAAAUCGUGACCCUAGUGUGCGUAGAAGUGGGGCUGCGAACAUAUUUAUCAAGAAUUUAGACAAAUCUAUAGAUAACAAAGCGUUGUAUGAUACAUUUUCUGUCUUCGGUAACAUCUUGUCUUGCAAGAUUGCAUUAGAUGCAUCUGGUCAUUCAAAAGGUUAUGGAUUUGUUCAGUUUGAAGAAGAGGAGGCGGCACUAAAUGCGAUUGAGAAGUUAAAUGGCAUGCUCAUGAAUGAUAAAAAAGUAUUUGUUGGGCCAUUUGUUCGGAAACAGGAGAGGGAGAGUGCUGCAACCAAUGUUAAAUUCAAUAAUGUAUUUAUAAAAAAUCUCUCAGACUCCGUGACAGAUGAUGCUUUACAAGAAGUUUUUGGCGAAUUUGGAAAGAUCACUAGUUGUAUUGUGAUGAGAGAGGGAGAUGGAAAAUCCAAGUGCUUUGGCUUUGUCAAUUUUGAGAACCCUGAUGAUGCUGCUAAGGCUGUUCAGGAACUUAAUGGGAAGAAAUUUGAUGACAAGGAAUGGUAUGUUGGAAAAGCACAAAAGAAGUCUGAAAGAGAACAGGAACUUAAAGAGAGAUUUGAGCUAAGUAAGCAGGAGGCUGGUGAAAAAUUCCAAGGAGUUAACUUAUACUUGAAGAACUUGGAUGAUAGCAUUGGAGAUGAUAGCUUAAGAGAACUCUUCUCUGGAUUUGGGACAAUUACUUCUUGCAAGGUCAUGCGGGACAAGGAUGGUAUGAGCAAGGGAUCUGGAUUUGUGGCUUUCCAGUCUCCUGAAGAUGCAUCACGGGCUGUGUCAGAGAUGAACGGAAAAAUGGUUGGCAGUAAACCCCUUUAUGUUGCGCUUGCACAACGCAAGGAAGAUAGGAAAGCAAGAUUGCAGGCUCAUUUUUCACAAAUUCGUCCUGUACCAACACAAGCUUCAGUUGCUCCUCGGGUUCCAUUAUAUCCUCAUGGUGCUCCUGGAUUGGGGCAGCCACUUUUCUAUGGCCAACCACCACCUGCACUUGUUCCCCAGCCUGGAUUCGGUUUUCAGCAGCAUCUUGUUCCUGGGAUGAGGCCUGGAGCUGCACCGUUUCCCAACUUCUUUAUGCCAAUGAUCCAACCAGGUCAGCAAGUCCAACGGCCUGGCGGAAGGCGUGGGGCAUCUGGUCCCAUUCAUCAGAAUCAGCAGCAACCUAUGCCCAUGGUUCAGCAACAGAUGUUUUCAAGGGGUGGACGACCAUAUCGAUAUCCUGCUGGGCGUAAUGUGCCAGAUGUUUCUGGUUUUGCUGGAGGAUUGUUCCCAUAUGACAUGGGCGGUAUGUCCGUUAGGGAUGCGGGCAUAUCACACGCUAUACCUAUUGGAGAAUUGACUACAGCUCUUGCAAAUGCUACACCAGAGCAGCAGCGAACCUUGCUGGGCGAAAGUUUGUACCCACUUGUGGAUCAGCUGGAGCACGAGUAUUCUGCUAAAGUUACUGGCAUGCUCUUAGAGAUGGACCAAACUGAAGUGCUACAUUUGCUGGAAUCUCCCGAGGCUUUAAGUGCCAAGGUAGCAGAGGCCAUGGAAGUCUUGAAAAGUGUUGCACAGCAUCAGCAGCAGGCUGUCUCACCAGCUGACCACCUGGCUGCUCUGUCACUAAAUGAUGUUGCUCCCUAAAUUUGCCCCCCUGAUUCUACUGGGGCUUCAUGGUUUGUGUCUGAGCGAGUUUUGCCUGGACAUGUUCUUAGAGGUGACUUUGCCAACGUUUUGGUUAUUUAUUCAAUUUGCUGUGUAGGAAAGGAGAUCUUUGAAAUUCUGCUGCUAUUUAAAAUGGUUUUUUAGAGUAACCGCAAAAGAGUUGUGAUUCA